AUGAUAGGUGCUAAGGUAAUACGCGAGGACCAACUGGUACGAGCCGCGCCUGUUGAAGGCGGUAUGGGAAUGCAUUUACUUCAGAAAAUGGGGUGGACCCCAGGCCAAGGCCUAGGCAAAGAAGGCACUGGAACUCUUCAGCCUUUACUUCUUGAGGUCAAACUGGACACUAAAGGUCUACAGGCCAAAGAAGAGGUCAGUAGCAGUAGACGAAAUAGAGGUAUGAAACCCCAACGUUCUGGCCGAGCGCGAGGACCAGCACCGCUAAUCGCUGGAGGAAAACAUCCCGUAUCUUUACUCGGCGAAUACUGCUCUAAGCAGAAAUUAGGUCCACCAGAAUACAACUUAUGUUUCGAAUGUGGACCAGAUCAUAAGAAGAAUUUCUUAUUCAAGGUAAAAGUAGCUGGAACGGAAUACCAGCCCGCCGUAGCUAGUGCUAACAAAAAACAAGCGAAAGCCGACGCCGCACAGUUGGCCUUGCAGAAACUCGGCAUCGUGACGUAA